AUGAUUUUAACAUAAUAAAAUUAUGAUGGAUACAAAGAAUAUGAUAUUAAUAGAAAGUUGAGAGAUGAGGAAAAGUAGACUAGAAUGAUGAAAUAAGAGAUUAUGAAAUAACAACUAAUUGAAUAGCAAUAAUUAUAAGAAUAAAGAAAAAAGGAGUUACAGCUAUAAAAAUAAAAGGAAGAUGAAGAAUAGAUUCAAUUAAUUCGUAAAAAGUAAGGAGAAGAAAAGUUUCAAUAAAUAUAGAAUAGAGAAGCAACAAAAUAAAAUCUAUAGCAUUAGAAUUAUCUUAUUUAGAAUCAUCAGAAACUAUUAAUUGAUGAAAAAGUAAAUAUUAUUUUAUUAUAAUAGAAACAAGAAACAUUAAAGAUAGAGAAUGAUAUUAUCAAUAAUGCAAUAAAUGGAUUAUCUUUGGAGGAACAAAUGAGAAGAUAGAAAAGAGAAAUGUAAAAAUAAAUUGUUGAAUAAUAAAUGAAAGAAUUACAAUAAAGAAAAGAAAAAGAGAAAAAAGAUAAAGAAUUUGAAUAAUUAAUAUACAAAGAAUAAACUUAAAAUGAAUCACAUAGAAUAUAAAAAUAAGAAGACUCAUACAGAAAUGUAACUUAAAUCUACAAUAUUAAAUAGUAUUACCAGAAGUUAUCAGAAAGAUAAAAUGUAUUGUAAGAUAUCUAUCGAUAAAAGGUUGAUAACCCAAAAAUGUAGCUUGAUUAUAUUAUUGAUUAAUAAGUGAAGGAUAGGUAAAAUAAAGAAGAGAAUGAAUACUUAACUAAAAGAUAAUUAUAGUAAAAGUAAAAGGAAAUGUACUAAAAUGGAUUGGCAAAUUAAAUAUAAGAGAAAAAUGAAAAAAAGAAAUUAGAAGAUAAUAUAAAAGAACAAAGGAAAUUAGAAAUAUUACAAGCUUCUAUAUAAUAUGAAGAAUAAUAAAGAUAAGAUAGAUUAAAAAAGAGAGAAGUUUAGUAAUAAUAUCACACAUAGUUAUCUACUUUAGUAUAUUAUCAAAAUGAUUAAUAAUAGAGUUAAUCUUAGAGUUAUGGUAGUGGAAUCAUGAAUACUGAGAUAUCUUAAUCAAAUAUCUAUAAUCCAUUAACAAAUCCCAUUUCUAGUCAGAUUUAAAAUCCAUAUAUACUUCGAUAAAUUUAACACAACAAUUCAAGUCUCCAAUAAUCCCCAUCAAUGAAUUAAUCGAAGUUAGCAUCUUUUGGUAAAAGCAGUUUAAUAAAUUGA